AUGCACAUCCUCGUCACCAACGACGAUGGCCCGCCGUCACCAACCUCGUCUCCGUACGUGCACAGCCUCGUCCGCGAGCUCCAGAAGCAGGGCCACACCGUCUCCGUGUGUCUGCCGCAUACCCAGCGUUCCUGGAUCGGUAAGGCCCACAUGAUCGGCCAGACGGUGAAGCCGCUGUACUACCGCCCGUCCGAGACGUUCGAUCCCUCUCCCAGCGCCGCCCACCAGGCCCAGGGCACCACCUACACCCGGCCCACCAAGAACAAGGACGAGGAGGAAUGGGUCCUCGUCGACGGCACCCCCGCCAGCUGCGCCCAGAUCGGCCUGUACCACCUGUUCCAGGACAAGGGGCCCGUCGACCUCGUCGUGUCCGGCCCUAACUACGGCCGCAACACCACCGCCGUCUUCGCCCUGAGCUCCGGCACCAUAGGCGGCGCCCUUGAGGCCGCCGUGUGCCGGAGGAAGGCCAUUGCUCUGAGCUACGCCUUCUUCAACCGCAACCACGACCCCGCCAUCAUCGACGCCGCCAGCCGGCAUAGCGUGCGCGUCAUCGAGAAGCUGCACGCGCAGUGGCCGACGGACAAGAGCGUCGACCUAUACACCGUCAACGUGCCGCUGAUCGAGGGCAUCGAACACCGCAAGACCCUAUUUACCAACAUGCUGCAGAACUAUUGGGGCGAGAGCGGGCCUUGCUUCGAGGAGGUCGAGGGCAGCAUCGGGGACGAGGACGAGGAAGAGGAGAGGAUACGCGAAGGCGAGGAAUCGAGGGCAUCUCGGGAUCCCGGCUCCAGGGAGAACGGCGACGCCGACGAGGAGGACCAAGCACGAUACGUGCACAGACAUUUUAAGUGGCUGCCGAGAUUCGCGGAUGUCUACAAGAGCGUCGAGGAGGCGCCUCCGGGGAAUGACGGGUGGGCAGUAAAGGAAGGCUUCACGAGUGUCACGCCGAUGAAGGCCAAUUUCUGGAACGCCGCCACACAACAACAUGGAGAGGAGUUGAAAUUGCCUACUUCGUCGGACCUUCAGGUGACGACGAUGACAACAACAACGGCAACAGCGGCGGCCUCCGAGUCGACGGCAUUGACGCGCCGUCCCGCGCAGCACUUCUACGCCCUCGUCGCCUACGAGGAUCCUUACCUCCAGCCCCUCAUCUUGGCCGCCCUGCGCAAGGUUUUCCCCCCCGAAGUGUACACGUUGCUACCACCGCCGCCCGCCGACGUCGCACCGCCGGGCGAGCCAAUCCCACUCGACAGAAUUUUACCAGACGGCGGCACGCCAGGCGCCCGCGUGCUGCAGAUCACGCCGUACGAGGCGGUGGACUGGGACUAUUACGAGCACGAGCCCGCGGGAACGGGGGCGAACGGCGAGACCGAGAGAGGAGCGCGGCUGGUGAACUGCUACGCGCUGCGCAAGGCGGUGAUCCGGAAGCACUUUCUGUGGGCGACGGUGGAGCAGUGGAUCGCGAAGCGGCCCGGGUCUGCGCUUGCAACCCACGUGCGGCGCAGCGAGACGUUUGAGCUCGACUACGCCGAGUUCCUCGACGACGCACUCGUCGAAGCGUUCGACCUGCGGGCGAGUUUGGAGAGGAAUGAGAGGGUGGAGGAGGGAGCGGAGGAGGGUCAGGAGGCAAAGAGGAGAGAAAAGGAGUGGUGGAUCUUGAAGCCGAGUAUGAGCGAUAGGGGCCAGGGCAUCCGGAUUUUCAGUACGGUGGACGAGUUACAGGCGAUCUUCGAGGAGUGGGAAGAGGGCGAGGAAGGUGAUGACGAUGAAGAUGGCAGUGGCAUCCGCAGUGUUAACCAAGACGACGACGGGAGCGAUGAUGACGAGACUGGCAACGGCAUCACGACGUCGCACCUACGGCACUUCGUAGCACAGCCGUACAUCGACCACCCGCUGCUACUGCCAGGCACCGGCAACCGCAAGUUUCACAUCCGCGCCUACGUCGUGUGCGUCGGCCGUCUCGACGUAUACGUGUUCCACGAGAUGCUCGCGCUGUUCGCCGCGAAGCCGUACACACCGCCGGGCCACACGUCCCUCGCCGCCGCCGCUGCGACUACAACUACGACUAUCAGUGACGGCGAAGUUGCCGCCAGAGGAGAGAAUAGCAAUGGGCACAUCGACCUCGAGGCCCAUCUCACGAACACGUGCCUACAGCGCUCCGUCGACGAGGGCACGGUGCGGCGGUUCUGGGACGUGAUGGGCGGGGGCUCAGCGGGCGGGGACGCCAACCUAGGCGAGUCCCUGUUCGCGCAGAUCUGCGAGGCGAGCGGGGAGCUGUUCGAGGCGGCGGCGCGCGGGAUGCCGACGCACUUCCGGCCGGUGGCCGCCGCGUUCGAGGUCUUCGGCCUCGACUUCCUGGCCGACGCCGCGGGCACCGCCUGGCUCCUCGAGGCCAACGCCUUCCCGGAUUUCGGGCAGACCGGCCCCGAGCUCCGCGACACCGUCGUCGGACGACUGUGGGAGGGCAUCGCACGGGUCGCCGUCGCACCGCGCUUUGGGUUUGACGGCCCGGGACAAGGAAGGGAGGGAGAGGAGAAGUGGGGGAAGCUGAUGGUGCAUGUUAGACACGUGGACCUCGGGCGGUAG